AUGCUCAAGAACAUUUUCAACAGUGCAGGCAUCGCGCAAAAAAACCAUGUCAUGUGUCAGGAGAAGAAUGUGAUUUAUUAUGCAGCUUCAACCAACAUAAUGAGGUACGAGAACAAUAAAAUAACACCGAUCAUACGUUAUGGGAGUGAAAUCACGAAUUUAAAGGUUAGGGAUGGAAUCAUUCUGAGUGAUAGAGACAACUACGUGGAACACAACAAUGCCGUGAUAUUUGAGUGCAAUGAUGCUAUUCAGGCUGUGAACAAGAGCCGAAUAGUGAAAUAUAACGGGAUGUUAUGCGAUGUGAAGGUGUUUUGCUCUUUUGACAAAAUUUACAUUUUUUGCGAGAAAUGCGUUUUCUAUGUUGAACAGGAGGGCACCACCGCCUUAGACUGUAUAAUCGUGGACGAAUCCGUGUUCUUGGUGUGCGGAACGUUGGAUGGUAAAAUUUUAAAAUUUACGAUCUCACUCGCAGGUCUGCUAGGAUUUGAUGAAAGUGGCAGAAACAGCUUUGGAACGGAUUGUACGCAUGGAUAUGAACAUAUGUACCGGGAAGAACGCAAAAUAGAGAAAAUUACAGAUAUAAAGCGCAUGCACAGCUACACGGUGAAGAGCGUAAAGGCCCAUGAAGAUACGGUAACUGAUAUUAAAAUUAACGAAUCAGUUGUAUUGUCAUCUUCGCAGGACAAGACGGCAAAAAUUCAUGACUUGCAGACACUUGAACACGUAGACACACUGAUAGGACACCGUGAUUACGUGUACGAGAGCAAUUUUGUUGAUAACCAUGACGAGAUCAUCAGUGCAGGUGCCGAUAACUGUGUUAUCGUAUGGGAGUUUAAGGACGGCUGGAAGAGUAAGGUAAGACUGGGAAAUUUGAUGAGCACUCCGUUUUACAGUGCACUGGUUAUAAAUGAAAAACUGGGCAUGCUCGAAGAAGAGGAUAUGGAGCGAUCCGACAGAAAAACAGAGCAAAAAAACGAAUAUUUCGUGAUAGUGCAAUCGUACAACGGUGGAAUGUACAGGUAUUGCAACACUGACCUGGUAGAGUCUGUAAGUGGUCAUGUUGAUAAAAUAACAACGCUAGACGUUAAAAACGACUUUAUACUGACUGGCUCACCAGACAGAACGGUAAGAUUGUAUUACAAAUUGAGGGAAGUGGCACGACCGUGCAUUCACGGACAUCCUAUACGAAGUGCCGUAUUUUUCAACGAUUACAUCAUUGUUGGAUCGGAUGAAAGUAUCCUGAGGGUGUACGAAAAGACAAGUGGAGUGCAAAAAAUUUUACACGACAUUGAUCUGAGAACUAGCGCCACAGAACCGGGUAGCGAUACUUUCGGCACGGGUACAGUUGAUGAAAAGUGCGAGGUACAACAGGAGGAUGCUCCCUUCGUGGCCACACCGAGCGAGCUGUCACUCACAAACGAAAUAAGAAAAAUAACAACUCCGUUAUUCCUGAACGAACACACGCUGCAGAACAUUCUUUGCUUUAGGGAGAGGAAGAAAAUAUACGCGCAGUUCUUUGCCAAUGCAUGUCUAGCAUCCAACAACAAAAUUAUCCUGUGUGCAAACAAAAGCUCAUCGCUAAAGUUUUCUGGUAUUUUUGUGAUUGUAGAUUUCGUUGUUGUGCAGUACAUAGCUGUGCACAACCUAGGAAUUGAAAAUAUUGAGAUCAGUAAUAGCGGGGAGUACGUCGUGGCGGUGUCGAGGGAUAAAAGCGUGUCUUUUUACCAGAUUUUGGAUAGAAGCCGAAGUCACUCUGAAAAGAAUGAAUACGUGCGUAAAGACGGUAAAAAUGCCAUUCAAAUCGAUGCGGAUGGAUCGGAGAAAGUCAUAAACAAAAUUUUGAAAGAUUCGCUGUACUAUUUAGACUUUAGAAAGAGAAUUCUCUCUCACACGAGGAAAAUAAACACUGCCAGUUUCGAUGAUACAAGCACGCUGUUCGCCACCGGUUCAAAAGACAGAAAUGUGCUAAUUUAUUCUGUGGAUUGUCUUGAGGUAAUUAGGACGCUAAAAUUUGAAGAGGAAGUUACAGCACUUAGAUUUUACAGAGAGAACCUUUUUGUAGGACUGAAAAAUGGAUUCAUAAAAGUGUUUACGAAUGACGGCACGUAUACACAGGUUUAUGAACGGAAGAUACACGGCAAGUCUGUCAAUGAAAUCAAAGUGGACGGGAAUACGAUUGUUACGGUGAGCGAUGAUAGUAUGAUGAGAGUGUUUAGCUUAGAUAUUGGUUAAUUGAUAAAAAUUACGUUGAUUGUUGG